AUGGAAGCAGGUUAUGAGUUUGAUUUGUGCUAUACGUCCCUGGUGACGCUGUGGUUGGUGCUGGGGCAUCGCACCUGGCGUCUGAAUGAGCGGCACUAUGGUGGUCUGACCGAGUUAAACAAGGCUGAGACGACGGCCAAGCACGGGGAGGAGCAGAUGAGGUGCUCGUACGACAUCCCACCACCUUCCAUGGAGUCCGAGCCCGAGUUCUACUCCAGCAUCAGCCAGGACCGUCGCUAUAACGACCUGACAGAGGAACAGCUGCCGUUGUGCGAGAGUCUGAAGGACACGGUCGCCCGUGCUCUGCCCUUCUGGAACGACGAGAUCGUCCCAGAGGGUAAGAGGGUGCUCAUCGCCGCCCACGUCAAGCACCUGGAUGGUAUGUCAGAGGAGGCUAUCAUGGAGCUGAACCUUCCCACAGGAAUCCCCACACUGUACGAGCUGGACAAGAACCUGAAACCUGUGAAGUCCAUGCAGUUCCACAGGGAUGAGGAGACGAUGCGCAAGGCCAUGGAGUCUGCGGCUGCUCAGGGAGAGAGGGAGAGGGAGAGGAAGAGGGAGAGAGAGAGAGAGAGAGAGAGAGAGAGAGACAGAGAGAGGUGGAAGUGUGGGAGGAGAUGAUAAGGAGAUUUAUCAAACAUGUCAUUACAAUCCUUACAGAAUGUGAUCUGGGUUUCACACAUGGCUCAGAGUCUGACAUGAGAAAUUAUUUAUUCAGAUUCGGGAGAAAAUUUUCCUCCACAGUAUUAAAUGGUUGAAACCCCGAGUGAACCGAGACGUCCUGCUGCAUGUAAAGCACUGUGUUUUCAGCAUGCUUCAAUAGAACAGACUUGGCUUUGCUCAGCAGUGGAAGCUCUACGGUAACGGUAUCCAGGCAACACUUAACGGACGACAGGGCAGUGGAUAAAUCCUGUGUGUGUGUGUGUGUGUGUGUGUGUGUGUGUGUGUGUGUGUGUGUGUGUGUGUGUGUGUGUGUG